CUUCAACCCCGUUUCGCCGCCCCUAGCCCAAAUCCCCCACCUACUCGCCGCCGGCGCCGUCUCAGCCUCAUCCUUCUCCGCUAGCCAUGGCCGCCGCGGGUCCCGGGCUCUACUCCGAGAUCGGGAAGAAGGCCAGAGAUCUCCUAUAUAAGGACUACCACACGGACCAGAAGUUCACGCUCACCACCUACGCCGCCAACGGAGCUGCCAUUACUGCUGCAAGCACGAGGAAAGAUGAAGCUAUCUUUAAUGAAAUCCAGAGCCAGCUGAAGCACAACAAUGUGACUGUGGAUGUGAAAGCAACUUCAGAAUCAAAUGUGAUAACUACAAUCACAGUUCAUGAGCUGGGCACACCAGGCUUGAAGGCAAUUUUAUGUGUUCCUUUCCCGUACCAGAAAUCUGCAAAGGCUGAACUCCAGUAUUUGCACCACCAUGCUGGUGUUGCUGCAAGUGUUGGCCUAAAUGCAAACCCUGUUGUUAACCUUUCUGGUGUAUUCGGAACUAAAGCUAUUGCUGUUGGCGCUGAUGCUGCAUUUGAUACUUCUUCUGGGGACUUAACCAAAUACAAUGCUGGACUGAGCUACACGACGCCUGACUUUGUUGCUGCAGCGACUUUGAACAACAAAGGAGACAACAUUGCCGCUUCCUACUACCACUCGGUGAGUCCAACCACAGCCGUCGGAGGAGAACUGAGCCACAGCUUCUCGACCAACGGGAACACCAUCACCUUUGGGACGCAGCAUGCCCUGGACCCUCUGACCACUGUGAAGGCACGCUUCAACAACUACGGCAUGGCAAGUGCACUGAUCCAACACGAGUGGAGGCCCAAGUCACUGGUCACCAUCUCCACGGAGGUGGACACCAAGGCCAUCGAGAAGAGCUCUAAGGUUGGGCUCUCCCUGGUCCUCAAGCCCUGAGGUCACCAGCUUCUGCUUUUGGGAUGUUAGGUUUAUUUUUAUUUUUAUCAGCAGCUGAAGUCCAGUAAACAAGCUUGGACUAAACUUGUCAACUUUGGUGCCCAUCCCAUAAACUCAAUUCGUUGUCUGUUACCAUAUCCUAAACUACCUGAGAGGUUUAUGUUA